CAGUACACUCCCUUGGAACAAUACUGGAAAUUUUACUAACAAAGCGUUAUAGAAAAGAAGUUGGGCUCCUAAAUCUUUCACAUAUAAUAACCAGCGUUUCAUUUCUAGACUGAGCGAAUCCACGACAUCUACAUAAACCGAGUCUUAGAAGUCCUAACCAGCAUGCAAACGAUCCAACUCCACGCUCUCCCAGAAGACGGCGACCCUCCGUGGGAAAUCGACCAGUUCUGCGACAAAAUCGACGAACUUUGUCGCUCUUCCGCGGCCGAACUGCACAAAAAGUGCAUGAUGGUAGAAGAAGCCGUAGAAGAAAUUCUGUCUUUAGUCAAAAAAGCUCGUAUCGAUAGCUCGGACUCGGUCGAUCAGGAGAAUGUUUUUAUAGCUGAAGAAGAGAAGCCGCCCGAUAUUGGGCAUACUUCGUCCCAGCAACAAUCCGAUUGGACGUUGGUAUGGGAGUGUUUCGAAAAGCCGCAUUUAUUGUUUAGCGGUGGUAUGAGCAAAGCUAUGAACGACGUUGUCAGAGGAGCUGUAGGUGAAAUGAGGCGGUACUAUACCAGGAAGGUGAUUGAUGUUCUUGUUAAGGUUACUAGACAAUCUUUGGAUGCUUUAAGGAGGAGAUUUUGUGUUGAAUAUAAGGACGAUAGAGCUUCAGUUUUUGUCCUGAAUGCCCUACUGCUCAUUCCUAAAGUGGGAAUUCAACCGAAUUUGGACGAAGUACAAGAAGUACUGAAUUUGGCCGGAAGAAAUAUUACUUCGGUGUCCAAAGGGGUUGGUCAAUGGGCUGCCAGUCAAGAGAUUAAACCUCCAUCUUUGGAAGAAAGUUUUGACAGUUUCAAAAAAAAAUCUUCGAAAAGUACAAUCAAAACUAAAGAAGACGAUUUUCGUAUGCGUCGUAGAAAGCUCUACAGACUGAUGACCGAGGAGAAGGCCAUGUUUCCGUUGCAACAACGCAACUUUUUCAAUCAUGUAAUGGAAAAUAAAGAAGUUAUUAAGACGUUGUCAUUGUUGACAUCCUGCACCCAGGACAUGCGUGCAGAGAUGUCACAGUUUCUUUCAAGGUGGCGCCCAUACAGCAUCUUGUGGAGAAACGAGAAAUCUCAACGUGACUUACUGAACUGCCAACUCAACGAAUUCGAAGCUUCGCUGCGCAAACACGAAGAGCUCAGCGAACGCUUGACUACUGAACCCAACGUGUUUGUUAUAGCCAAUUGCCUAGCUAUUUCCACUGAGAAAUUAAAGUAUGGGAUUCUCACUGAAAUUAAAUCAUGUACUCACAGAAUUGGUCAGGCAAUGAAGAAAAAAUAUAGAAGAGAAAUGGAUUAUGUUUAUGCGGUGAUAAGUGAAAUGGAACGAAAACUUGAAAGGACUAUACGCGAUCUGGACGAUGUUAGAAUGAUCAUGGAUAAUUUGAAGAAAAUACGAGAGCAAGAAGUCGAUAUGGAGCUGAAAAUUGACCCAAUCGAGGAAGCUUUCAACGUUCUCAACCGCUACGAGGUAGCCGUAGAAAGAGAAAUAAUAGAGCAAGUGGACAGUCUGCGUUAUACAUGGAGAAGACUCUUAGACACUGCUCUCAAAGUCCAAGUGAACCUUCUGGACAUGCAGCCUCAAUUCCAAAGCGACCUUAAAAAUAACCUGGAACGUUUCAGGCAAGAUAAAAUCGAUUAUUGUAACGAAUACCGAACAGCCGGUCCGAUGCAAGCGGGAUUAACUCCCAGAGAAGCUUCCGAUAGACUCAUAUUAUUUCAAAAUCGUUUUGAUGGCAUGUGGAGAAAACUCCAAACCUACCAAAGCGGCGAAGAGCUUUUUGGCCUACCAACCACCGACUAUCCAGAUUUAGCUCAAAUACGUAAAGAAUUAAACUUAUUGCAAAAACUCUACAAACUUUACAACGACGUUAUUGACCGAGUCAACAGCUACUACGACAUUCCUUGGGGCGAAGUCAACAUCGAAGAAAUCAAUAAUGAAUUAAUGGAAUUCCAAAACCGAUGCCGCAAAUUACCAAAAGGCCUUAAAGAGUGGCCGGCAUUUUUCGCUCUGAAAAAAACCAUAGACGAUUUCAACGAUAUGUGUCCACUUUUAGAACUAAUGGCGAAUAAAGCCAUGAAACCGCGCCAUUGGCAAAGAAUAAUGGAUUCUUUAAAUCACAUAUUCGAGUUUGAAAGUGAAGGCUUCUGCCUCAAAAACAUCCUGGAAGCACCUUUGCUAGCCCACAAAGAAGACAUUGAAGAUAUUUGUAUAUCAGCCAUGAAAGAAAAAGAUAUCGAAGCAAAACUCAGACAAGUCACAAACGAGUGGAGCGUACACGAACUAACAUUUAUGACUUUCAAUAAUAGAGGCGAGCUAUUACUUAGAGGCGACACCACAGCGGAAACUAUUGGACAAUUAGAGGAUAGCUUGAUGGUUCUAGGUUCACUACUAUCGAAUAGGUAUAAUGCACCAUUCAAAAAGCAAAUCCAACAAUGGGUGCACGAUUUAUCCAAUACCAAUGAGAUUUUGGAAAGGUGGCUUUUGGUGCAAAAUAUGUGGGUGUACCUUGAAGCUGUUUUUGUUGGUGGCGACAUUGCCAAGCAGCUACCAAAAGAAGCUAAAAGGUUUUCGAAAAUCGACAAAAGUUGGCAAAAAAUCAUGCAAAGAGCACACGAAACUCCCGGGGUCGUUUCAUGUUGCGUCGGUGACGACAUGCUUAAGCAACUUUUGCCUCACUUGCAAGAACAAUUAGAGCUUUGCCAGAAAUCUCUAAGUGGCUAUUUGGAGCGUAAACGUAUGAUGUUUCCGAGAUUCUUUUUUGUGUCUGAUCCGGCCUUAUUGGAAAUCCUCGGACAAGCUUCAGAUUCGCACACCAUCCAAAACCAUUUACUAUCAAUAUUCGAUAAUACCCGAUUCGUCAAGUUUCACGAUAUUGAGUAUAAUAAAAUUACAGCAGUAAUAUCUUCAGAAGGUGAGAUGAUUCCAUUGGAGAAAGCCGUCAGAGCUGAAGGCAGUGUGGAAACUUGGCUAACCCAACUGCUGCAAACCUCGCAAGCUUCAUUGCAUUCAAUCAUCAGAUCAGCUUUUUCAAUGAUUAACGAUCAGAACUUUCAGCUUUUAGUGUUCUUGGACAAAAUGCCCGCUCAAGUGGGUUUGCUGGGGCUUCAAAUGAUUUGGACCAGAGACGCUGAGCUGGCUCUACUACAAGCCAGGCACGAUAAAAAAGUGAUGCCGGACACCAACAAUAAAUUUUUAGAGUUGCUAAAUACAUUGAUUGAUCAAACUACUAGAGAUCUUACUAAAAUAGAGCGGACUAAGUUUGAAACUUUGAUUACCAUUCAUGUGCAUCAGAGGGAUAUUUUUGACAUAUUGCUGAUUUAUCUCCUAAAAGAGACAGGCGGUAAGUUGAAUUUACCGCCCGAUCGUGCAUAA